UGCGGUUGAAAUUAACAUUUUAUGAAGCACAGAGAGAGCACAGAAAGAAAAACAAACGAAUUCUACGUAAGUCGUUUGUGCUGUCUGAAUUGAAGAUCUUUCAUGUACAGCUAAAAUGACUCGGCUGCUAACGUUUCUAACAAUGUCUGCAUUGUUGGCUGUCACAAAGGGACAAUCACAAAUGGACUUUGCAGGAACAGGACAACUCGACAUUAGUCAAAUAAACCCUUUUGGUUCAGGAAUAAUGUUCAUGCUAACAACGACACAAAACCCCUGUCAGUCGCGGCCACAUCACGAGAAGCAUAUGUAUGAGCACUUUAUUCCUGGGUUUGACUGGCAGCCUCGAUUAUGUCCUCCUGGUACACUCUACAGUGCCGAAGCUUGUGCUUGUCAUAAUAUAGAUCUAAGACAAGUCUUUGUUUGCAGACCUGAGUUAUUGAUAGAUUUUAAUAGUGAUACAAUAGAUGAUUCCAGCGGAAACCAUAUUUCUAUCGGCAAUAACGGAAAUGUAGUAAAUUUCCAAAAUGCUGGUCGUUUUGACGGCACAGGUGUUCUUGCAGCUUUUCAAUAUUCGAAACAAAGUUUUGGAACAAAACUUACAGUAACACUUCGAUUCUAUAAAUCGACUGGUGGGGCUUCAAAUGAUCAGGUGUUAAUAUCCAAUUGUAUCGGAGGAAGAUUUGGUUCUGUUGAAAUUGCUCUUGAUCUACAAACAAAAGAAAUUGUAUUCAGGAUAGAAUCAAGAGUAGGAAGCAUCACUGAGCAAGCUGAGGUUCGACAACCCUUCACGGAAGGAGUCUGGACAAAUGUAAAAUUAAUGUAUGACGGAAGCACUGUGACAGCUGAAGUUGAUGGAAGCACAAAAACUGCUCCACUUCAAGGUAAUAUCAACACUCGAUACAACGGCAUAAUGAUUGGCAGCUGUCAUGGGCGUGGUUUUGUUGGAUAUAUUGAUGACGUACAUUUAUACCGAUGUUUGCUGAAGUGAAUAAACGUUCCUGCAUAAAAAACAGGAUGUAAUUUGACUGAGAAUUUUUUUAAAGUAGAAUGACUGACUAUGACAACGUUACCUGCAUUCGUUGAUUCGAAAUAUGGAAAUUUUGUAUUCAGCUAUUUCCUGGUUUUACAUGCUAUCUGAAAUCGGUUGCCUCGUUCCUAUAUGGUUUCUCUACAGAUGUACUUAACUACGACUGCGGAAUAUACUCACUCAUAUUGUAUAUUUUUCCUUAAUUUGUAAAUAUAUAUAUAUGGUUUCUGAAGAGAAAUAUAUGCAAUUUAAAAAAAAGAGCUGAUUUAUUUCUUGUACAAUGGAUAUGUAUUUGUAAUUUCUUGUAUAUAUUGUGUUUCCAUAUUAUUAUGUGUGUGUUCUAUAAUGUAAAUUAAAUUAAUUAUGCAGUAUCUUAAUCAUACAGAAAGUUUUUACUUGAUAUUCAUACUGAGAUAUUUUGUAUCAACGUUUAUGCGAAAUUUGAUUGUAUUUGUUAAUGGGACACAAACAUAUGUGCAGCAAAAAAAUAAUACCACAUUUAGCGGUGACUUUUACUGUUUAUUACGCAAGAGUAUACUGACCCCCACCCUGACAUAUUUUAUAUGCCUUAAAGAAAAAAGCAUUAGUAUGAUACAUAUCUUUGUUGCGUAAAAUAUAUCUGAGAUAUUGAUUUCAAAUUCUUACACUGCUUAGAAGAAUAAAUAACAAAU